AAGCUAGACCGGCUUAUUGUCAGGGUUGCGUUUAUAUUUAGCGGUGUCACGGAGUAGAAUUUUAAUAUAUAUUAUAUAAUUUACUUUAAGCAUUUCUAAUAAUAACUAUACAUUUUAGCACGAAUUUUUUGUUUUGUAUUUUUGAUCAAUGGAAGAUAAUAUGAUCGAUGAGGUAAGACGUCUGUAUGAAGAUGGUAAUUGGAGGACUAUUGUGAGAACGUACCGGGAACAUCCGGGAAGAAACAGAUUGUUAUGGGUUUAUCCGACGGAAGAAAACUUUGUGUUUAUAAAAAAAUAUAUGGACGAGUCGAAGUGCGCUAAUAUUUUAAGCAUCGGCUGUGGGUGUGGCCUUCUCGAGUGGAUGAUCAUAGCGGCGACUGGACUCCAGGUGUAUGGUUUGGAAGUAGAUGGCGCUUGGUGGCAAAGCAAAUACGCCCCUCCUACUUUUAUACCCCUCCUCUUCACUCCAACCAAAUUAGACGAAGACGCCAGAAGACUGCUACAAAGGAGAGACACGGCUUUAUUGUUCUGCUACUUUAAUAACGGACCAGCCUUCGAGCAAUAUUUAAAGGAAUAUCUGGGUGGAAUUGUCAUAAUAAUUGGACCGGAAGGUAAAGGAGUACAUACUGACCCCAAACCGUUUGGAGACAUGCCCUCCGAUUGGACCUUGGACGUGCAUCAGGAGGUUGGCGACACGAAGGAUUUUAUAGCUAUAUAUCGUAGAGCAAGCGAUUAAGUGACUGAAGUGAAAAAAAAAUUAUUGCAAACCCGAAGAAUCCCCACAAAUGUGUUUCUAAACUUCAAAAAACUAAGUUAAAAAUAUUGGGGAAUAACGACAGCUGAUUACAAGAUUUCGUCCGUCAUUUAAUGUAAUGGAUAUAACAAAAACAGCAACAAAUUA